UCGGCAGAGCUAGCUGGCUAGGGCACUGGCGCAGCUUUCUCUCUCUCUCUCUCUCCGACCACUGUUCCGUGACACGAUAUGGAUAUACCGAGUUGUCUGCCUGCCUUCGGCCGCUUCUCGAUCGAUCUCGCCUGAUAUCAAUCCGGCUAUAAAAAGGGCCCGAUCCAAGUCACCCGCCCCCGCCCACUCUGUUAACACACAGCCUUUUGCUUGUUCCGUCCCCGUGGUCAAGAGCUUAGAGUUAGCUACAGCUAAAUUUAUUGCGGGCAAACUAGCUAGCUGCUUUGUCUGCCUGGUUGCCCAGGAGGAUAUAUAUAUAUUUGUUGCUCGGCCGUGAUCGAUCUGAUCUGACCAGCAGGUGGUUGCGUAGUACAAGCUAGAUCGGGAGGGAUGGGAUUGAGGGAGAUAGAAUCCACAUUGCCGCCGGGGUUCAGGUUCUACCCGAGCGACCAGGAGCUGGUGUGCCACUACCUGUACAAGAAGGUCACCAACGAGCGCGCCUCGCAGGGGACGCUCGUCGAAGUCGACCUCCACGCGCGCGAGCCAUGGGAGCUUCCUGAUGUGGCGAAGCUGACGGCCAGCGAGUGGUACUUCUUCAGCUUCAGGGACCGCAAGUACGCGACGGGGUCGCGCACGAACCGCGCCACCAAGACCGGCUACUGGAAGGCCACCGGGAAGGACCGCGAGGUGCGCAACCCGUCCACGCGUGCCGUAGUCGGCAUGAGGAAGACGCUGGUCUUCUACCAGGGCCGCGCCCCCAACGGCACCAAGACCAGCUGGGUCAUGCACGAGUUCCGCCUCGACACGCCACACUUGCCUCCAAGAGAGGACUGGGUGCUCUGCAGGGUGUUCGAGAAGCAAAAAGGGGACGGCGAGCAAGAUAACAUCAGCGCCUCCUCUCCGGCUUUCGCCGGCUCGUCGCAGGCAGCUGCUGCGCAGGAGCCGCACCAGCCCAUGCUGGACACGAGCAACGAUCAGAUCAUGGGCUCGGCCAUGGGCUUCGUGCCGCGGCAGGACCAGGAGGAAGUCUGUGGCUCGAAUUACCCGUUGCUGAACGCGGCGAUGUGGCAGCAAUACAGUUCGGUCCUCGACACGUUCCCGCUUCAGGAAGAGAUUAUGGUCGGAAGCUCGCCGAUGAUGGGGUUAGGGGCCGCCAGAUCAGGAGCCGGAGACGACUGCGGGUUCCUCUUCGACUCGGGAUUCGAUGACGUGGCGAACUUUGGGGCCGGCAUGAGGUUCCCGCAAGGGUGGAGCUAGGUUUGAUAUGAUGCCGAUUGUGCAUAUGCAUGGGGUGAUCAUUGUGCAUUGUGAAAGGAAAUGAUGAUUGGAUUUAGUUAAUUCCAUUGGUACUGUAGUCUGUCGUAGGUAGUGUGAGGUUUAAAUUAAUUAGAUUGGAAAAAAAAUAGUGCAUGUGUGCGCAUGUUUGCAUGAGAUGGUAACUCAUAUGUAAAUUAAUACAGCUCAGUUCAAAUUUCAUUACAUGAUUCUUGCAAAAGAUGUAUACUUACCUUAUGUUUAUU